CUGGAGUUCUGCUUCUCGUCGCAAUAUGUAGCCGAUGUAGGUGGCACUCGUAAGAGAAGCGGCUCUGUAAUUUUUCCGACUACUACUAUAUCUACGCGACUCAACCUCUGCUUGGAGAGUACCCCAGGGGCCUUCCCCACCGAUACGACCAUCGUGGACGUGGCCGCCGGGGGAAUGCACUCGGCCUUCUCAACAUCUCAAAGGGAGGUUUGGACGUGCGAAUGCAAUGAUGAUGGGACUCUGACGAGGCCCGCACCCGAAGAGGAGGACUACAGUAAAGUUUGAAUGUGACGCCAGACCUAUUCACAGCGUCUCCUAUCAACACUGUUUGGUAUUGCAAUGCGUCAUUUCGUUCACCGCUGAAGGUGCAGUGCUGAUUGUCGUCUCAAAUAAUUAGCUUGAAAUGAUGAAGACACGCGGCGUGUAAAAGUAAUGAGUAGAGUUAAGUGAUCAAGUCACCGUAAGUCUGAUUACACUUAGAAAUAUCAGGUACUACUUCAAUGUACAAUGGCGCAGAAACUUUCGCGUUGGUUUUAUUUUCGCGGUGGCAACUUCACCGCGAACUUAAAACCACCGCGAAUAUUUCCUGUCGCCACAUGUACUACGUACUAUACACCGUCACCGUGUAAUGAAAUGCUUACGGUGCUUAAGCUAAGGUUUUCCAUUACAGUAUGUGACAACAAUACUUAUCCACCCCUCAUAAUCACAACACUUGGCAACGUUAUCAAUAUAUCUACCAGACGGUCAACACUUCCCUCCCCUGGCCCUUUCAAACACUAGUAGUUUAUAAAAGUAGAAGGCAACGUUCAUCGGCGUAGCUCAUUGGCCCGAAUGUCCUAGCAAUCACGGAUUGUAAUUGAUUUUUAACCGUCUUUUGAAAGAUAAUAUUUAAAGUUACCAAGCAACAUAAGUCAGGCGCUCAACCUGCCCUUGAAACGAGGUAGAUGGAGGCACACACGCCCGUCCCGAUGCUUCAAUGACUCGGGGCAAAGUCAUGGAGGUCAGUAGAAUAACUCUAGAUAGCAUAAGCGCCCUCAUUACACCGCAAAUACAUUAGUGGUACUUGAGAGACAAUGAACUAGCUGUGCAGAAGUGAGAUAACUAAUCUGUGUGCUGCCAGACGUCACCGAGCACAAAUCCCCAGUAACAAGUGUAUCUUGUUUUGUCAGCACUUAAUGUGGACGUUUUGUCAACAAGUGUUAAAACACCAUUCCCACUGACCUUUAUUUUCAGAGGUCAACCAACUAUAAAUGGUGAUAUGCUAACUAUGUACAUACCCACAAUCAGCCGAGCUACCAUUAAGUGAUCAUAAAGUACACGUUGCAUGCCUACACCUUAACGGACCCAUACAUUCUUGAAAGGGGACGUAUUUUAUAUGGACGAUUUAGCUCAGUACCAAACUUCACACUAAAAGUACAUACUUGUGCUUGUUCUUAUGCGGCAUCUUGUCCUAUACGUAACCAUAAAACAUCAUCCCAUCGUUCAUCUCAGUAUUCAUUCUUUAAAAUCUAUGGCUCCCCAAUUUUAAGGGGGGAAUGGUACAACUCACCGUUUUACAACGUGGGACGUGUGCAUUCCAUCGUUUGCUGCCCGCUAACGCCAAGGGACCAGUGUACUAGCGGAGACUUCGUAUAUCCAAAGAUUGCUUUGAUUCACCAGUAUCUGAGGGUCACGGGAGGACAAGGGUGGAGACUUCGUGACCAGCAAACGACUUGAGACAAAACACAAGACCGAGAGAAAAGCAGCGAAGGACCGUAAAAAACCGACACGUACUAGGAGCUCGAAUAGGAGACAAGCACGCUGAAACCAUGGCAACUGAAGUCAGUGAAGAUGAGGUUGGACCUGAUCAAACAUCUACAGAGGAGGAGAAAGAUUCGGACACAGUAAACAAAGAAGAGACUGGCCUUGGGGAUGAACGAAAUGACCAAAACGGUGGAGAUACGUUGAAUAUAAAUGAAAACGAAAGAGAACAAGAUGUAACAGAACCCGAAGAAAGACACAGUGACUGCGAUGAUGAUAAAAAUUAUGACGGGGAUGAUAAUGAUGAUAAUGUAGACGUGCAGGAUGCUAAAAAAGAGAUCGACGUGGAACCAACAGAGGAAGAAGGGACGGCCGACCUUGACAGAGAUGUGACAGACCAGAAUACCGACGACAAAGACGAAGAAGCAAAUGAGGCAGAAGAAAAUGAUUCCCCUGGCGAAGACAGGAACGUAACCCAAGAAAGUACAGAUGCGUUGGACUACAGAGAGGAAGAAGUGGAUAAAGAUGACACAAAACCAGAGGAAAGGCAGAGUGAGGAUGGCACUAAUGAAGGAAACACGCAGGACACAAAACUAGAGGAAAGGCAGAGUGAGGAUAGCACUGAUGAAGGAAACACACAGGAUGCUGAAGGAGAUGGUGAAGUGGACCCGAACGAUGAGGAAAAGACGGCUGAACUCGACGUCAAUGACUCAGACCAGAAGAUCAACAACAAAGUACCAGUGGCCGAGGAAAUAGACUCGCUGGACAGUGAGGAUGAGGAGGAUGGAGAAGAAGAUUAUCCUGAGGAAGUGGACCGGGAAGACGAUGACAGGGAUCAAGAGGAGAAGGGGGGAUCUGCACUGGAUAAGCUCACAAAUGGAGACGUGGAGGGCAGUACUUUGGCUCCAUUGCCGUUAUUCUCCUCCAGGGAUGACACACAUCCAGCCUGUGUUAUCCAGGCCUCCAGCUCCGUGCUGGAAGAUCUCAAUGUUUCUGCCUCGGUGGAACGGCCAGGGGAAGGUGCCCGGGUAUCUAUCGCCAGUCAUCUUAGUUACCUAACGGUGGGGAGACACGAGGAACUCAUCAGUGACGUCAUCAGACUGGAACCGUUCGGAAAGGAGCUGCCGUCUCCCUUGAACGUCGCUGUCCCAUACACCGGCAGCCCGCUACCCCGCAAUGACCACCGGGAGAUCGCGUUGAAAGUGUCGUCUGACGGUGAGACAUGGCGGCUGGUGCGUGCCCGACACUCGGAUAUCCAAUUUGAGGACUACAAGGGCUUUUUCGCCGCGUUGAAGCUGCACAAGUUAUGUCUCCUCGCCGUGGUACUGCGCCUUAAGAGGGAGCGCUUCAUCCUCGAGCCGACAGGAGGCAGUGUGAAAUCGUCCGUGGACCACAGGAUUACAUUGGACUGGUCGUCCCAUUCCGACAGGAAGAAGGAGGGCAGACUAACUCUUGAAGUCCGGCCUACGACCACGUUCGUGCACGACUUGAAGGAGCGGGACCCGCUGGGGCACGAGUGGCUGCUUACCAUGGGCCCGGUGGUGUACCUGCCUGUGCACAACUUCCGCCGCGCCGUGACCGUCACCCUGCCCUGUCCGCACCACGAGGCCGUUGCAUCCAAUGCUCUGCCCCCUUGGAGAGAUCCAGCCAUCCCGACCCCAGUCCAGAGAGUUUCGCAGGCACCGUAUGGGCAGAUGUUACUGGACAAGGUCCGGAAGCGGGAAGACAGGAAAGACGCCCUCCACGUCAUGAUGUACGAUAGAACCACCCAGCGGUGGUCACUCCAGGUCAACAACCUGUCACGUCACGAGGCCGACACAGAGGUCACCUUCCAGCCUACCAAGCUGGCUGACGGUUACAUGGUGAUGCGUACUACCCGGGAAGUGCCGGGGCUGCUGGAGGACCUGACCCAGCGGGUAGACAGGACACUGCGGGAGACACAGGUGUGCUGGACCCUACACAGGCACGGGGAGGAUCCGGACAGGAUCGUGGUCAGGUGUGCCACACCCAACACCAUGGAGCAGGUGGAGGACGAGCUCAAGAACGCAGGGUUUUAUGACAUCUCCCCGGUGAGUGAGGAAGUCGGGCUGCUGGAGGGACAGUCCGUUAUCAUCAGUCUGGGAGGCAACCUGGUUAUCGAUGACGAGGACGGGCGGGUAGAAGUCGCCAUGCGUUUCCAUGCCAACCAGCAGGUCGUCUGCGAGUUCUGGAUCAAGGCGCGGGACAGGUUCGCGGAUCGCGCCUACCCGACGUACCGGGGCACCCUGGUGAUCCACGCCGAGGAGCCGGGUGGACAGCGGAGGCUCCUGUGCGCCAUGGCCGUCACACUGCCGAAGAUGGAGAAGAGGUUCGAAAGAGCAACUCGAGCAAAGCAUGUGGACAUCACAAAUGACCCACUGAACAACCAGUUAUUAGACUGGCUGUCGUUCGAGUUGGGCAAAAGUUGGGAAGCUGUGGGUAAGGCUCUAAAGCAGAGUAACGCCACCCUACAGCGGAUCAAGCGUAACUACCCGUACGACAUGAAGACACAGGCCUUCAACAUGCUGUACCAGUGGCGCCAGGCACAGUCCAAGGGUACAGACAAGGUUCGGGAGUUGACACAUGCUCUGAAGAAGUCUCACAAUCGUGUCCUUGCUGAAGAGCUGAUCAAAAGAUGCACUGAAGGUGACACCACAGAAGAGCCCUUGCAGGUGGGAGAACAAGUCAUCCAAGAGUGACGGACCCCAGAAACAUUCUCAUAUUCCGUGUAAAAUCCUAAAUGCUGGGCUGCAUAGUUUGCUAGCAAAAAAUGCUAGCCCUAGUAAUAGAAUAAUUCAAGCAAUUUUUAAAAAAGAUGGGAAUUGUACAAAGUCUGCAACUGUUCUAAAUGAAGAAUUUAUCCUAUCUGUACAUUAAAAGUGUCUUCAACUAGCCAACUUCUUUCAAAAUUGAAAUUGUUUAUCAGCAAUUUUUUCCUGUUCUUAGCUCAAUGCCAAAACAUGACUCUAUGGGUAGGGGAGCACAAGCUGUAAUUACUGCAAAAUGAAUUUGUUUGUGGGGGUUUAAUUUCGCGGUAGUGGGAAAAUGGUCGUUCCGGCGGUCUUGAGUUUGCAGUAAGGCCAUUAAUUGUAGUCAAACUGUAAUUGAAAAAUGGUCGCGGGGGUUUUCAGUUUGUUGUGAAGCGGCCACUGGGGAAACCAUGAUCAUAAAACCGCUGCGAACAUUUCUGUAUUUACAGUAUGUGAUUGAACAGUCCAGUGUAACAUACUCCUCACAAAUAAAUAAGAAAGAAAAUAUCAUCCUGCAUGCAUGUGUAUUAUGUGUACCUCCUUUUGUCUGUUUAGGCUUUGGCCCGAUGAGAAUCAAGUACAACGUGACACUUCUGUAGUUAUUUGCAUGAUAUUCUUCACCUGUCAUGAAAUUACAACUUGUCAUACAUGUAUACAAUACGUGUAUGUACCAUAACAAAAAUAAACAAUGGACAUGUAAUAUUCGCUUUUGUUGUUUUCAUGAUCUUCACUAUCAUGAGAUUACAACUUACAAUACAUGGAUCCAACACAGUGAAUUAGAAAUGUUUCUUUUGGUCAAUUUUACCAACUUAAUCUGAUAGUAUAACAAUGUCCAUUAACAUCAAAGAGUGAAAUUAAAGUGCCAAACGGCAUACAAUGUUCAGUAGUGUUACAUUCUAACUACAACACACUGGAAACAAACAAAAAGCAACAAAAUUGCAUUUCCUAUUUCAAACAUUGAAGUUCGAAUUCGUGUGAAUAUAACAACUUAGCUAUCAAUAACUGGCUUUGGACCUUCCACUAAGAUACUGUAGGCUGUAUUUUAAUAUCACAUUACUGGACAAAUACUGACCACUGUGUUUGAUUUGAAGCUCUCGCAGUGUCAACAUUUGGCUUAGAAAAGCAUAAGUAUUAUUUCUCCAGUUAUAUCUAGGUAAGGAACUACAAAGCAUAUAAAUUUAUAAUCUUAAUUCUGCCUUUUUAUAGAAACUAGCAAUGAAUUCACUGUGACAUAUGACAUUGUCACAUAUGACAAUGAAGAUCCUGUAACACAGCACUAAAUGAGUACUACCAAUGAGUCUGCAAGCUCUACAUGACAUUUCGGCUAUAAUAUGCACAGUACCCUCUCAAGCAUUGCACAAUUUUAGAAAUCUACCAAUGUUUGCAGGUUCCCAAGCCCCAUCCAAAAUGAUGGGGUACGUUUUCCUGUGAGAAACACGCUCGAGUCUCUGAUGGUCUUUAAAUUCUAUAACCUUCUGGUUUAAAUGGUCCUUUCAUGUAAUGGCUGUGACACAUUCUAACCUAACACUGUGGCUUUAACAUUGGUUCUGGGACUGAGCAACAAUGGAGCAGCAGAUUUUGUUACAAUUGCAAAACUAUUGUAUGGUAUAAACAAUUGGUCUGAAUACACAUUUUGUAUAUAUAUAUAAUAUGUAUACUGUGAAAUCAUCUCAUCACCUUUGGAACUUGGAUUAUUUACAAGCACUCUCAAGCUCUCUGUUUCACACAUUAUAAACCCAACAUUGUUACAUAUGCAUCGCUUGAUAAAGAAUAAAGCUGAUGGUUCAUUCAUUAUAUGGCAGAGGU